AGAUAAGGCUAAAUCGCCAGAGACCGAGAGGGGAGCAGCUGGUCGCCCCUUACCAAUCCACCGGCGGCGAGCAUGGCCGCCUUGCUCCACCAAGCGGCUCUCCAGCCACCUCACCCCACCCCACACCCCCAUCAUCCAUGGAUGCACUGCUCCCCCGCCACGUCCAUGCUCUCACCACCUCACGCAGCGCCCUCCAAACGACAACCAGCCCCAUCCCGGCGACUACGCGCAGCCGGCAACGGGAACGGCAGCGGCGUCGACACACCAGCCGCGGACAGCGCAAGCACGAACGCGCCGCCCAGCUUGAAGAAGACGAGCCGCAAAGAGAAGCUGCGGCAGCAGCAGCGGCUACGGGAGCGGGAGGAGCAGCAGCAGCUCCUCCUGAAGGAGUCGCUCGUCGAGGCCGCCCGCGAGGUGGACGGCGGCGGCGGCGGCAAUGACGACGACGAGAUACCGCAGGUGGUGUUCGACCGCAUCCUCAAGCGGAUCCUGUUCACGGUGGGCAUCCCCAUGGCGUCGGGCGUCGCCCUCCUCAACAUCUACGACGCGCUCAAGCGCGGGGGCGGGGUGGAGGUGCCGUCGUGGGUGCAGCUGCUCACCAUCCUCCUCUCCUUCGGCACGUCGGCGGGAGGGAUCGCCUACGGCACGCUGUCGACGAGCUGGGACCCGGAUAAGGAAGGCUCGCUGCUCGGCAUCGACGAGCUCCAGACCAACUGGCCCGAGCUAUGGAAGGAAGAUGACAAAAAGGAUGAGGAAUAACUGAUUACUGCGACUUGAAUGCUACAGACUGAAUCUUUUGCGAGUGUGUAAUGUAAUUCUUCACAAGUUCAGGGUGUGAAAUACUAGGCUAGAUUCUCCACUGGAAA